AUGUCCACACCACUGGAGAAUGCAAUGGAAACCUUGAUCAGGAUUUUCCAUCACUAUUCUGGCAAAGAAAGACAGCUCAGUAAAGGAGAACUCAAAGAGCUCCUCAGUCUCUUGAGUUACUGUUUCAUGGAUGGGAUAAGCAGCUAUUCAAGCGACCAAAAGGAUUCCAUUCUGGUUGACGAGAUUAUGAAAGAUCUGGACUCCAAUAAAGACAAUGAAGUGGAUUUUAAUGAAUUUGUCAUUCCAGUUGCUGCUUUGACUGUGAAGUGCAAUGAUUUCUUUGAAGAACAGCUAAAGAAAGAGGGAUUUUUAAAAGGCUUGAUAUAG